UCACUGUGAUAAGAAACAGGGUAAUGCCUGAAUGGAAGAAGAAAUUACCUAGUCUAGCUCUACAUUUGAAAAUUACAUGGCGUUCUUUCUGUCUGACUAGCUAACGCUGGUGCUGCACGAGUGUAGGAGCUCACAGAGAACCCCUCCCUCUACUGCCUCACCAACACAGCAGCAGAAAGAAGCGGACUGAUACUGAAACGAUAUCUGCACUGGCUCAGAAUUAGAAGUCGACCUCCAUAGUGCACAACACGGCAAACAUGGACAUCAAAUGUCUGAAUGUGACUUAGCCAUGACACUUAAAGUGUGCUAUCGGAAUUGUCAUCAAGGAUUACAAGCUGCGGGCAACCAGGCGGCAUGACGGAGGAGAAAUGCCCCCAGCUGGUGGACUAUUUUGUGGUGGCGGGGCUGACGCCCGGGGUGUCGUCGGCGCCCCUGGACGAGGAGGGCCAACAAAGGGGCGGCCGGGCGGUGGAGCCCGUGACCGACCUGGCGGUGAUCGCCCGCGGCCUGGGCGAGGAGGUGCCCGAGGGCUUCACCUGCAUCGAGAAGACCCAGGCCGGCCACCCGGCCGAGCUGAGCGCGGGCCUCAUCAACAACCCGCACAUGUACCUGUGCUACCGCCGCGGCCACGACAAGCCUCCCGUCCUCGACCUCGGGGUCCUCUAUGAGGGCAAGGACAUGGUGAAGCAGGGCUGGUUCGUGAUCGAGACCACCCCCUACAGCCGCUCUGCCAACCUGAGUUCGGGGGGGCCGGCCGCCCACCGCACCUUCCUGACGUACAGGCGCGCCCCCGACUCCCAGGCCCUCCACACGCUGGGCGUGACAGACAUCUCCCUCCUCCUGCCCAGCAAGGGAGAGGUGGCCCCGCACACGUUCUGCAGGGUGGACAAGAACCUCAACACUGGCAUGUGGGGUCCAGCCCUGUAUCUGUGCUAUAAGAGAGCGGUGGCCAAAGCCAACGCCCUGGUUUACGAAGCAGGUCUGAUCAAUCGGUACCCGGAGGCCGAUCUGGAGUCGUUUCCUCUGCCUGAGUCGGUGCCCAUGUUCUGUCUGCCCAUGGGCGUUACAGUGGAGAGCUGGCCCCUCAACACCAAGUACCAGCUGCCCGUGUUCUCCACCUUCGUCCUCACCAGCGCCUGCGGGGACAAGGUGUACGGCGCCGCCAUCCAGUUCUACGAGGCGUUCCCGCGCGAGGGCCUCUCGGAGCGGCAGAGUGUGCGUCUGGGCCUGGUGAGCGUGGUGGACCGGCGUCCCAUCACCAACCGCAUGCUGCAGGUGAAGAAGAGCGUGUGCGUGCUCUCACACUGGCCCUUCUUCAGCGUCUUCCAGAAGUUUCUGACCUUCGUCUACCGCUACUCCAUCUCCGGCCCCCACGUCCUGCCUCUGGAGAAGCACAUCUCCAGCUUCAUGCACAACGUCCCGUUCCCCUCCCCUCAGAGACCUCGCAUCUUAGUGCAGCUGUCCCCGUAUGAUAACCUCCUUCUGUGCCAGCCAGUCUCCUCCCCCCUACCACUAAGUGGUGCCAGCUUCCUGAAGCUGCUGCAAAACCUGGGGCCGGAGAGCGCCUGCUCCCUGCUGCUGGCCGUGCUGACGGAACACAAGCUGCUGCUGCACUCCCUCCGGCCCGACGUCCUCACCUCCGUCAGCGAGGCACUGGUGUCUAUGACGUUCCCCCUGCGCUGGCAGUGCCCGUACAUCCCCCUGUGCCCGCUGCGGCUGGCGGACGUGCUCAACGCCCCCAUGCCCUUCAUCGUGGGCGUUCACUCCAGCUACUUCGACCUCUACGACCCCCCAGCCGACGUGGUGUGCGUCGACCUGGACACCAACACGAUAUUUCAGACAGAGGACAAGAAGCCGCUGUCAUGGCGAUCGCUGCCUAGGAAGCAUGGCAAAAUUCUGUUCAACUCUCUCACCAACUUGCACAAGACCCUGGAGAAAAUCUGCACCCCGGGCCAGGAGGAGGCCACUCUGGAGUACCUGCUGACGGACUACGACCUGAUCUACGGCCGUCAGAAGCAGCUGGAGCUGGAGAUCCAGGAGGCCUUCCUGCGCUUCAUGAGCUCCCUGCUGAAGGGCUACCGCACCUACCUGCUGCCCAUCACCCAGGCUCCCUCGGACAGGACCACCGACUGCAGCUCGCUCUUCAACCUGCAGGGGUUUCUGAAGUCCCGUGAGCGCACCCACCAGAAGUUCUACAUCCAGCUGACCAGGACCCAGAUGUUCUCACAGUUCAUCGAGGAGUGCUCCUUCGUCAGCGACCGGCACGCCUGUCUGGAGUUCUUCGACGAGUGUGUCCAAAAGCAGGUAGACGUGGAGAAGCCCGAGGAGGUCCGACUCAUAGACCUGGACGAGACGCACAGCGGAGAACACACAGUCUUCAUCAUGCCUCCAGAGGAGCCCCAAGAACCAGACGGCUCGGAACCUCCUGCUCUCUACAGCUACGAGACCUUCCCUCCUCUGAGGCCGGAGCUGUUCGACCGGCCCCACGACCAGCUCCGCGUUCCAGCCAAGGGCAGCGCCCCCAGCAGCCCUGCCCCCCGACGCACCAAACAGGAGAUCAAGCUGGCCCAGAAGCGGGCUCAGAAGUAUUCGGCCGUGCCAGACAUGUGGUCCAAAUGCCUGCUGGGCCACUGCUACGGCCUGUGGUUCAUCUACCUGCCCACCUUCGUGCGGGCGGAGAGCGCCAAGGUGCGCGCCCUCCACACGGCCUAUGAGGUGCUCAAACACAUGGAGACCAGGAAGGUGGUGCUACCGGACGAGGUGUGUUACAGGAUCCUGAUGCAGCUGUGUGGUCAGUAUGGCCAGCCCAUCCUGGCUGUGAGAGUCCUCCUGGAGAUGAAGAAAGCUGGCAUCACACCGAACACCAUCACCUAUGGCUACUACAACAAAGCCGUGCUGGAGAGCAAGUGGCCCUCCACCAAUCAGGGCGGCCGUCUGCUCUGGGCAAAGUUACGCAACGUCUUAAUGGCCGUGGCACAGUUCCGACGGCCAAUCAGACAGCGGCAGAAGAGUGAUUCGGUUGGCUCACGCUCAGACUUAGUGAUGAACAGUCAACAGCAGCCCCGCCCCCACUCCAGCCUGAUUCGUCAGUCCAGCUGGAGUGGCCUGAGUGAGAGCUCCAGCCACGAAUCCCUGAGUGGUUCUAUGGUAAAGAGCAACAGCCUGAACAGCAUGAGAGCCUCCACAGACAAAAAAUCCACUCUGAAGCUAUCGAAGAAGGCCGUGCUACGGAACACAGGGACUAACGGCUCGAGCACCGCCUCGUCCCGUAAGCCCCCCGUGGGGCCAAGGGACUGCUCCACCCCUCCUCCCCUGCCCCCUGGUGGAGUCCUGGUGCGGCGCAGCCAGGUGUGCCUCUCCAACUUCUACAAGGAGUGUGACGAGACGGCCGACCCUGAGCCUGACUGCAGGUGCCAGCCUGGAGAGAGAGACGGCCGGCCCCCGGGGCCCCGAGACACGGCCAGCAAGAAGGUGGUUGACGAGAACUACAACCACGUGUUGUCUCCCAGCCGCGGCGGCCUGGCCGGGAAGCUGCAGCAGCUGCUCACGCCCACGCGCCACCGGACGUCUGUCCGACGGGCUGCCAGUGUGGACGACCGGAGGCCCGGGGCAGGGGGGCCUGGGGUGCGCAGGAUAUCCGAGCAGAGGCAGUCCCGCAAGGCCCAGGUGGCCGAGACCCUGUUGAAGGCAAAGGAGAGGCUGUACAAUGCUACCUCAGAGAGCUCUCUGUCAGUGGGGAGUGACGUGGACCUGGCUGACACUGCCAGUUUGGCCUUUCCUCUACGCAAGUCCUGGGACGCCAACCAGGAGGGGGCAGGCCUGGAGGUGUUGAUGUCCAGCUGCUCCCUGUGUCGAAGCUGCGACUGCCUGGUGUACGACGAGGAGAUCAUGGCCGGCUGGACGUCCGACGACUCCAACCUGAACUCCAGCUGUCCCUUCUGCCUGUCCACCUUCGUCCCUCUGCUCAACGCCGAGAUCUGCGACCUGGGGCCUGUCAACAGCCUGGAGCGCGGCAACUGGAACACCGAGGACGAGGUGGGCGGAGCCAUGCGGCCCCCUAGCGACCCGGAGGCCUCCCUGCGCCUCCUCCACAACGGCGUGAACGACGACUCCAGCUCGGAGACCAGCAGCUACUCAGAAUGCAGCAGCACCACCAUGGGUUCUUCAAUAGGGGGCGCCCCCCAGGUGACGGUGGCCUACCUGAGCCCCCUGGUGCUGAGGAAGGAGCUGGAGAGCCUGCUGGAGAACGAGGGCGAGUCGGUUCUGGCCCAGGCCCUGCUCCUGGACAGCCACUCCAUCAUCUUCUGGAACCUGGUCUGGUACUUCCAGCGCCUGGGUCUGCCCAGCAACCUCCUCCAGCUGGUCCGAACCUCGCCAUUGGCCAACCAGCUCACGCAGUCGGAGAACUCUGCUGUGAGGGUGAGGCUCCUCUGGGACACCCUGGUCCCAGACACGGACCACUGGCCCCCCCUCUACAUCCUCUGGAGAAUACACAGUGGCGUGCCAAUGCGGAGCCAUGCUUGGAGGAAGCACAACCACCCCUUCACCCUGAGCUUCCUGGAGGAAGUGCUGCGCUGGGUCGGCAUGAACGAGGUGCACAAGGCUGUCACCCUCUUCCUGGAGACCAUCAGCAAGCAACCGGGCACGCCCAGGAUACAGAGGAGUCUCUACAGGGAGAUGCUUUUUCUCACACUAGCUGCUAUGGGCAAAGACCACGUGGCUGCGUUUGAUAAGAAGUACAAGGCGGCAUACUCGCGGCUCAGCGGCACCCUGGGCCGUGAUGAGCUCCGGCGGAAGCGGGCCCAGCCGCCGAGCCCCAAGGCCGUGGACUGCCGACGGAGCUUCCUCCUCCCCCUUGAGUGUUGAUGUACCCACCUCGCCUCCUUCCAGCCUGGAGACCUCCACCCAGACUUGCACCUGCCCACUCCCUGCAGCCUGCAGACCUCCACCCAGACCUGCAUCCCCCACCUAUCAGAUGCUGCUGACUCGAACUCACUGGAGCACCGCUGCCCGGCCCUCAAGAGGAGCAGGGUAGAGGAGGACGGAGAGGCGCUCGCUAGCUUCAGAAUCCAAAUCCAACUGCCUUCGUUCGUUCCUUCCAUCUGUGAACUCUCUGCUGCCCCCUGUGCAGACUGGCUUCCAGUCUUCACUCACACACCUCACUGGGCCUUGUUUGUGUGAACCCUGGGCGUUCAGAAGUCUAUGAAUAUCUAUACUAUCCCGCUCUUGACUUUGAUUGGCGCAUCAACAGUCUCUUGAAGCCUCGCUCUCAGCCACAAAGGUCAUAUACUGUAGGUCAAACUAAACACAUUUCAUACAGCCCAACCCCUAAUCCUAACAAGGCCCUGAUGCUUAACUGCCGUCUAUGCAUAUUACUGACCGUUCUAUAAUCUGCGCCGCCUUGCUUUCAAGCAGGAUGUUUCCUACUGGUGGGAGCCAAUAUCAAGUGGGCACUUGGGAGAUCUGAAGUGCAAUCGGGCUGUGGUUGAAGUUUGGUUGUGAACUGCACACUGAAAAAGAUCCAUAGCGUCGUAAACAGACUUCUAGCACUUUUAGUUCACAAUAGUGAAAACCUGGGAAUUUGAGGACAAAAACACCUAUGUUACUCCAUGUUUUAGUUGCCCUCGACUGUAAUUCAUUAUAUCAACUGGGCCUUGGUGAAGUUGGUCUCAGAUGAGACUUGAGCAGCGCGACUUCGAUUGGAAGCUUCUUUCGGGGUAAAUAUGUUGACUUUGAGCGGGGAAACUUCAAAGUGAAGGAGCCUAACGGAGGUCAAUGUCUUUAAAAAAUUACAAAUACGGAUGACGUCAACAGGAAGGACACGACCAGUUUGGAAUGGCCUGAACUGUGGAGGGAUGACUGACAGGGAUGAGGACUUUCGACCACAGAUGUUGCUCCUGUUGUGGGGCAGUCAGAACCCCUACCUGGUCGCCUGUCUCUCUGCUGGGUGGAAAAGAGUAAUGCAGUCCCUUUUUUGGAGGGAAUUUACAACAAAAAGAUCCUAAAGACUCGUCAACUUUUGACAAGCAAUGAUGUGCUGGACAGACGUUGGUUGAGUCAGCUGUGCGCAGGGAAGGAACCAGACAGAGUGAAAGGCAUUUUUCCCGACACCCAUGCAUCACAAACAGGAAUUAUUUUUGACACGCAAAGGAUUUAUUGUUUUGUUUUUAAAACUCCUUGUUAAAGAUUUGUGGCGUGAUUGACUCAACUUUGUGUCAGACUUGCUCAGUCAGAGGCUGAUGAACUUUUGAAAGCGACUGAUGUAAUAAUAAAUAUAAAAACUAGGAGCGAAAAGGUGGUAUGUAUGACGUGACAAUGACAUGUAUGAUGUGUGUUUCUUCCCUGAUUUUGCUCAUAUUUACCUCAUUUCGCAUAUUUUUGAGUGAUUUCUUUUUUCCUUGACUCGUUUGUUCACAGGGUCAGAUUUGAUGUUUAGGGCCCAGCAUAACUGUGAAAGACUUUUAAAUUGCUUUCCAUCACUGUCUCUCACAAAACCACACAAGUUAAUAAAUCCACAAAUCACAAUCAGCUAAAUAUUAAAAGAUUGACUUUUUAGAGGUGUUUUGUUCCCUUUGGAUUCUCCACCUGCCAGGUUGCUGUCUUCAUGUACCCGUGAGGCCUUUCUCCUGAAAUGUUGACCCUUUAUUUGUGGUUCAGCCUUGUGUAUUCAAAAGUUCUCUCAAGUGCAAAAUAAAAGAAUAUAGGAUUUU